CAUUUGGCACCUGUUCAUCGUCCACCUGCAUUCGAGACAUUAUCCUGAAGUUUAUCACAAACUCGUUGUUGCCUGAAGAAACGCUGAAAUCAUAACUGCUUGUAUCAGCGACCCGGACCUGAGUGUCUUCUAGUUGUUGAAGACCAAGGACAAAGUCAGGGUGCCUCCACAUUCGUCAGAAGGAUGAGCACCGGGCCUUUUCGUCCCGAGCUUAUACCUUUACCAAGAUCUCUUUCCUCGGAUGGUGGCGAAAAUGGAAUGCACGAUGAGGCGAGCGAUACCAGCGAUGACGACCUAUCGUCGGUGGCCCCUUCUGCCGAUGCGCAUUCAGAUCGUGGCACUCCAAUGGACGAUGCUAGCAGUCGGGUACCAACUGAAGUCGGUGCUCAACUGCAUGCAAUCCCUCCUGUAGUUAAUUCAGCGCAAGAGCCUUCUGCUAUGAGCUUACUCCGGCAAGAGACAGUUGUAAGACGACAGAAAAUGGCUGUGGACGAGUACGGCUUUUAUCGUGACCCCUCCCCGACGAAUCACAGCCACCCCUCUUCAGCGGCAAUAGGCAUGGCGCAAAGUGGCAAGCAGAAGGUUUCCGUUGGGAGCAAAGAGCAGCAGUGGCUGGAUCUUCUGUCCCAUUGGGAUAAGCAGUUUGCUAAAAAGCGAUCCAAGAUAAAGAAGUUGGGCAGGAGCGGGAUCCCGGAAUCACUACGAGCAAAAGCUUGGACCGCUCUGGCGGGAAGCGAUAAACUAAAAGAGCCAGGAAUAUAUGAGCGGUUGUUGGCCGAAGGAAACUCUCCCUUGUUCGAAGUGAUUGAACGGGAUAUUAGUCGAUGCUUUCCAGAACAUAGCAUGUUUGCGGAGGAAGGGGGCGAAGGGCAAACAAAUCUACGGAAUGUUUUGCGCGCGUACGCCGUUUACAAUCCCGAGAUCGGAUACUGCCAAGGGAUGGGGAUGCUGGCGGGGAUGAUGCUAAUGCACAUGCCGCCUGAGGAAAGCUUUUGGUUGCUCGUUAGUACCUUGGAAAAGCACCUCAAAAACUUUUUCACACCCGUGCUUCUGCAGCUGCGUAUGGAUGCGGCAGUGUUUGAGGUUCUGCUUCAUAAAACAUCCAAGCGAUUGGCUGUCCAUCUGGAUAAGCAAGAAGUUCCCCCUCUGAUGUACAUAACACAAUGGUUUCUGACACUAUAUACAACGACAUUGCCCUGGGAUACAGUGCUCCGAGUAUGGGAUAUGUUGUACUGCGAAGGAGUCAAGCCAUUAUUUCGGAUUGGUCUGGCCAUAUUACGGGUCAAUAGAGAUACCUUGUUGAAGCAAUGUCCGACGAACGCGGAGAUACUCAGCCUACUACUUCACCUUCCUAGGGACAAGCUCGAGGCAGAUCAUUUGGUUGAAGCCUCUUUGCGGGUCAAAAUUAGGCGAGCAGACAUCGACCAUCUGCGAAAGCGAAUUUCCCUCAUGGAAAUCCCAGAGAGGGGGACGGUAAGCCUUCUGCGUAAACAGAGGUCCCCACAUUAAGGGGCCCCACAUACAAAAGCCCGAGAUAUAUAUUUCCUUAUAUAAAAAUGUUUUGACCAUCGCUGUCAACCCCAUGCAAAG